AUGGACAGGCGCGGUGUCGCAUCGUCUCGCAAGCGACCUCGGAUCGCCUCAAGCCCUCCUCUUGACGCCGCCCACCCAGGUACUCACACCGACGAGAGUCCCACCGAGCCAGCGCCCGGCAUUAAACGAUCAAAAUCGGCCUUGAAGAGAGAAAAGAAGAGAGUUGAGGCUUCGGCUCGUAGAGAGGCUCAGGGACCUUCAUCCGCACCCGUAGCUACCCAGAGUAAUUCCAAGAAUGGCGCGAUGUGCCGCCAGACCAUUGAACCUGCUUCUGCAAUGUCAGAGGCCGAAGCUCUUACGGAGGACCUUGAGGGGAUCAGGGGGGAGCACAUCGUACCUGUACGCAACACUAAAGGCAAAUCUCAGAAGAGACACAAAGCUCCCAGACAAGACGCCCUGACCCCUAGCACUUCUGGAGCUGAUCAGCUGCUUCAUUCGGACCCCUCCGCCACCAAUGCUACCUCUGGCCAGCUAGGGAGACUCAAUGACUCCUUGGCAGUAUCUCUCGGGGGCGCUCGAGCUGCAAUGAAAGCCAGGGACAUGGAAGCGGCAGCAGCAGCAGCGGUGGCGGCCGACAGAGAGCGUGAACAUACUUUGACGAGAGCCAGAGAGGAACAGGAAGAGGCUAGCAAGCGGGCUCAGCAGCAAGCCCUCAUAGAUGCCCAGGCUUCGCUGAACCAGCUCCGUACGGAGUUCGAGCGACUACAAGAAGAGAACAGAGCUAAGGAUCGAGUGAUGCAAAGCCAAAGCUCAGCUCUCUCAUACCUGUAUGGCCAGGCUUCAUGCGCAAUCUGCCUCGAGCUAGCCUUCCGCCCACACGUACUGAGCCCUUGUGGUCACACUUUCUGUGCCCGCUGCUUGAUAGAUUGGUUUCAGCGGCCUGCCCAAGGCGAGGUCGUUCAUAUUCCCGCCUACUUCAGCGAAAGUCAGAGAAGAGACGAAGAAAUCGCUGCUACGAGGCGCAGGAAAAAGAUUUGUCCUCACUGUCGGGGUGACGUGAGAGGUACGCCUGCCGAAGUCUGGUCCAUCAAAGGCAUGAUCGAUCGUCUAGACUUGUCUCACCGAGCAGGGCACUUUGUGGUCGAGGGAGGCGCUGUCAACCCACAGACUGCUCAGGAAGAACGGUAUUCGAGGGGUGUUGAUCUAGGCACCGGAACUGCUAUAUGGGAAGACAUCUUUGACGACAGACGACCACUCGAAGCAAUCUACGACGAGGCUGAAGGGAUCUAUCGAUGCCCCAAUUGCACUGGCGAAAUCGUCGGCAUCGAAUGUUGCUCCUGCGGGGCCAUCUACUCGGAUCUUGAGCCAGACAACUUCGAAGACGGUUCUGGGGACGAGGAAAGCGAUGAUUCACACGCUUCUGGUCUGCCUGAGCUGUAUGAACCUACAUUGGCUGCAACAAUGGGAUUGUACGAUCCGCACCCUGCAGGUGCCGAAAAUUCGGAUUAUCCAUACGAAGACGACGAGGAGAGCUCCAUCGGCUCAUUCAUUGUCGAUGACAACCCGGCCGGUGAAUCUGCCUCUCAUGAUGGCGACGACGACGACGGAGACGAGUCUGACCUGAGUCGUAUUGAGAGAGAAGCUGAAAGAGUCGCUCGCUCUGCCAGCCGUCGAUAUGGCUAUUCUUCAGAUGAAGGCGCUGGAGAAAGUGACGCAAGUGACUCAAGCGACUCGAAUUCUCACGCCGAGGACGAUGCUGGUGCUGCCAUACUAUCGCACAGAGGAGGUAGGGGAGGGCAGCCACUUCGAGGUGCUGGCGCCAGUGCUCACUUUGCGCGCGGGCGACAGCGAGCUGCCAUCGUGCUUGAUUCAGACGAUGACGAUGAAGCAGCUGAGCCAGAGAGCGUCAGAAGUGCUGCAGCCGCGAGAUCCCAUCAACCAAGAUCUUCCCGCCAACGAGUACCACUCUCUUCUGAUGACGAGGACGAAGACAACGACAGUGACGGCAGCGAGAGUGAGAAUGGCUCUUCGGACGCCGGGAGCGAUGUCAGCGUCUCCAAUGAUGUCGAAGAUGCUGCAGACGCUGACCGCUGGCUGUCCUACGCAGGCGGCGAUAGCUCGGAUGAUGGAAACAGCAGCGAAGAGGACUCGGACGAUGACAGCGAUUAG